GGCAGGCUGUGGAGGGAGGAGGUUGUAUGUCAGAGCGAGAGAGAGCAAGAGGGAGAACAAGAGAGAGAGAGAGAGAGAGAGAGAGAAGAGUCAUGAGGCCAAGGCUCCCAUGCCCUGUGGCUUUUUUUUAGCUGAAUCUGUGCUUGAAUGGCGUCCUGGCAAACUGGGAGAAGCAUGAAAUGGAUACAUGGGAAGAUGUUGCAGCUGACCCACGUGUUUGCCUCAUCUGUGGAGACCGCGCCACAGGCCUGCACUAUGGCAUCAUCUCCUGCGAGGGCUGCAAGGGCUUCUUCAAGCGCAGCAUCUGCAACAAGCGCGUCUACCGCUGCAGCCGCGACAAGAACUGUGAGAUGUCGCGCAAGCAGCGCAACCGCUGCCAAUACUGCCGCCUGCUCAAGUGUCUACAGAUGGGAAUGAACCGCAAAGCAAUCAGGGAAGAUGGCAUGCCAGGAGGGAGAAACAAAAGCAUUGGGCCUGUACAGAUCACAGAUGAGGAGAUUGAGCGGAUCAUGUCAGGACAGGAGUUUAAGGAGGAAGCCAGUCUCCCAGAGCACACCUGGAGCAACAAUGGUGACAGUAGUGACCACAGUUCCCCUAGCAACGGCGCCUCUGAGGGCAACCAGCCAUCACCCGCAUCCACUCUGUCAUCCAAUCGCUCUGUAGAGAUGAAUGGCGGCUACACGGCGGCUCUCAGGGACCAGUACAUGAACACCCCCAUGAACACCCCCUACCAGCUUCUACCUCACCUCUUCAGCUACCAUGCCCAGUCAGGCCUGCUGGCCCCACAGCCCCGCAGCCUCUACCCCCAGUCACACCCCCUGGUGCUGCAGCUAGUGGCUGCAGAGGACCUGGCCCCACUGACCACCCCCAUGCUGAUAGAGGAUGGGUACAAGGUGACUCAGGUGGAGUUGUUUGCGCUGCUGUGUCGUCUGGCCGACGAGCUGCUGUUUCGUCAGAUCUCGUGGAUCAAGAAACUGCCGUUCUUCUGCGAGCUGUCCAUCGAGGACUACACCUGUCUGCUCAGCUCCACCUGGCAGGAGCUCAUCCUGCUCUCCUGCCUCACCAUCUACAGUGCGCAGAUCUUUGGAGACCUGGCCGACGUCACCGCCAAGUACACGCCCUCUGAGGACGAGAUGCAGGGGUUCAGUGAGAAUGGCAUGGAAGUGAUGGAGAGGCUGAUCUAUCUGUUCCGCAAGUUCCACCAGUUGAAGGUCAGCAACGAGGAGUACGCCUGCAUGAAAGCCAUCAACUUCUUGAACCAAGAUAUCCGUGGUCUGACUAAUGUCUCCCAGUUGGAGCAGCUAAACAAGCGCUACUGGUACGUGUGUCAGGACUACACUGAGUACAAGUACCCUCACCAGCCCAAACGCUUCCCCGAGAUCAUGAUGUGUCUGCCAGAGAUCCGUUUCAUGGCAGGCAAGCUGGUGAAUGUUCCCCUGGAACAGCUCCCCCUUUUGUUCAAAGCAGUCUUGCACUCCUGCAAAUCCAGCCUAAUCAGCUACAGGACAGGAAGUUCCCCCUGUCUGACUUCUACGGGUACCUCCCCUGGGAACUGAGCCCUGCCCUGCUGGCUCUAGGACCGCCCCUUUACUCAGAGCUGGCCUAGGGGGCAGGGCAAGGGACUGGUCCUCCUUCCUGUGAAUGUGACAAGCAGCUAGUUUUAUAAAGCUUUUUUUUUCUCUAUAUAUUUAUUACAUGACAGAGCUGAAUGUAUGCUGAUUUAUGCUGUGCACAUGCUUCUGUACAAACUAAAUGCACAUUGAUGCAUUGGUCUUUGGAGUUUACAAGUGUGUAUCCGAUUGCUCAAUGUGUGGGUGUUGCCAUUGUUAGAACUUGAUUUGAAACAUUUAUUUUAUUCGGAUGGGGCCGGAUAUAAAUGAGUUGACAAGUGUUUUGAGACUACCUCAGGAAGAUGUUGUUUCUAUUUUCAGGUACCUUUUUCUCGACGUUUUGAAAUGAAGAGUUGCCCAGUCUAAAUCCAAUCCCUGUAAAUGCUUUAAACUCCUGAAUCAUAGAUUGAUAAGUAGGCCUUUACCACGAAAUUGACCAAAGGCAUUGCUGUACGUUGAACCAAAGAUUUUUUUAAAAGCGUUCACCCCUGCAAUCAACAAAUGAAUGUUCACUACAGGUGUAUUGUCUCCCUUCUUGUCGUAUUUUUCUAUACUGUGUUACACACACUAUCUCUUACAGAACCCACAGACAGACUUCCUGUAAGGGAUGGGCUGGUCUGUUUUGAACAUUCCUAGACUUUCGGUGAGGUGACACUUAGCUGGAUUGUGGGAUCUUCGUAGAAAACGAGCAUACGGGUAUUUUCUACAAUCAUUGACUGCGGAACAAAUUAAAUUGCAGGGGUAGGGGACGUUUGCUGUUAGCUGUAUUGAUUUUUGUUGUUGUUGACCAAAGUGUUAUGCAAAGCUUUUUCAAGCAGAACCCAUAGAUGGGCAAUGAGCCGAUAGCUCAAUGUAAUGAUUUCUUAUCAAUGAAGGACCCAAAUAAGAAAUGAAUCAAUGUGCGUCGGAGCUGGAGGGGAGACCUUCUGCUGACAGACAGACACACAGUGCAGCUGGUUCCCAUCCUAACCCCUAACUAUGAGACACCACAGACAAAGGCCCCACUGUCUUCACUCCUAGUCCCUGUAGCACCCAUCUGUUGCUCCAGACAUACAACUUUUAGCCCUCCACUGGUACUCCCUUGCCCAAUCCUUAGCCUCUGCACAUGCUCAUUGGGUUGGUGGUCCGGUCCGCACAGUUAGGCUAGAAGGAAAUGCUGGCCUGCUCAUUUUUACUACUACAUCUUUAGACAGUGUUGGUUUCGGAAUGCUCAGGUGACUACUUUUUUGGCUGUAAAAGAGGAGAGACGGAGGAGACAUUAGGGGCUUGUCUAUUAAUCUGGAAGGACUAGAGGUUACUUCCGGCUUGCACAUCAUCUAAGACAGAUAUGCACAUUGUUUAAAAAAAAAAAGAAACAUACGGAGAAAUAGGUUCUUUAUUUUCUAAGUAUGAGAUGAUAAUUUUUCCCACUUGAAGAGUCUUUUUUGAUCAUUCAAGUUUUAUCUGUUUCCUAGUAACCGUUGUUUGAACAUUUGGGGCAAUGCAGUCCUUAAAAUGACUCUCUUUUAUGCGUGCUGUGGUGAGGCAGGACACAUUCUUUGACCAUGAACUUGGCAAAGUCCCCACCCUGCAUGCUCCUCUCUCUCAGGUCCUUGUGGACCUGUAUUUAAACAGGGUAAAGUGAGUGUUGUGUAUUGCAUUCAGGAGUUAUUCAGUGAUCACAAUGCUGAUGUACUUGUAGGAUUCGUAGUCGUAGGAUUCAGGACAUUGUAGGUCCUUCUUAGAAGGUGUUUUCUUUUUCAAAUAUUUUCCUGUUUUUCUGAAAGUGAAUGUGUUGGUUUUAAAGGGCAUGUUUUGGAACAGAUUGUUUUUGACCAGAUUUUAAACAACUGGUGAACCAGUGCUCCCAGUUCAGUGUUGAGAUGAUUUGGCUGAAGGUGGCCUGAGACAGGGCCGAAAUGUCAGAGAUGUCCCCUUUCCAAACUGAGCAUGCUCAAAAUAACCUCAACUAUCAGGUAGGCUUACUCUCUCCCUUCAUCACUACUGUAAGUCCAGCCUCGUGUGUCUUGCUCAGCCUUAACACUACUACCUACCUGCCUUAAAGGAGUACUCCACCCCCCCCCCAAAAAAAAAAAUCAAUGUUUUGUUAUUUGUUUCAUUUGUCCAUUGUUGACAUAGUGCCAAAAAUGUUUUGCUGGUCAGCAAUCAAUUUUCAAGAUAUGUAACUUUUAAAAUACAGAAAUCCUCCCCAUAUGAUGCAUCACUGGGUGGAAUGUUCCUUUAACACUGUACUAUCUUAUGCCCUGAACCACCCUUUGAAUACUUUCUCCAAUGGUGUGUUCUUUGUUUCAGUAGUUUUCAAGUAGCCACCUUUCCAUCUUUUGUUUUUAUACAUUUUCAAUGUUAUUGUUAAAAUUAGAAUCCUUAAUUAGAACAAUAACAAAGCGGUCACGCCGCCUCUGUUUUGGUAAAAAGCUUGAGGGAUGGGCCUGGAGAAAUGUAACCACUCUCAAAUUCAUAGACAGAGCUAUGGAUGCAAGGACUGACCAUCCAGGACAUUAAUUCUAGUUUGAACCAUGUUUUGAGUCUAUACAGCGUUUGUUUACAUUGACAUUACAAUUCUUUCUGAUGGAUGUUGGAUGUGAUUCUAUCAACUCUCUGCUGUAAUUUAAGUUCCAAAAGAAUAUAGUGUUUAUGGUAUUGAUAUGACAAUUCAAAAUUGUUUAUGGAUUGGUCACUCUUUACUAUUACCAAAGACAUGUUACAGAGUUGAUGAGUAAAAUGAUACCUGCAAGACAGUGAAUUAACUCGGCAGAAGACAGGCACCUGUGAAACUGGUAAAUAUUAUGCAUGAUCCUUCACAUGCAAAGCCUUCACUGUAUUCCCCAGUGUCAUUUGGGCCUGAGGUGUGGAGUUUACAACACAGAUAUUAGAACGGAGUCACACACCGUGGCUUCCUACUUUUCUUUCAGUUGACCAUCUGUGAACAAAGCAGAGAACAUUGAGGUGUGCCAGAAGUCACGGUGGAGAGUAGCCAGCCACUGGUCUGGGGGGCUCAGUGCAUGUGGCACUCCUAAACUCAGGGAUCAGACAUUUUUAGGGUACUUGUGCUUGAGAUCCUAGCCCAGUGCUGCUGCUGCCAUACAGUGUCACUCUGGCCAUCAUACAUGAAUAUAGGGACUCUUAAGUGGCAGGUUCUUCGUUGCAGUCUCUUUUCAAAUCAAACGUCACAUUGCUACCUUGCUGCCAACACCGCUCAUGUUUUGAAACACAUAUAAUACAAACUCAUUACCAUUCUCACUAUUUUCUGGAAUGUGUUUUUACAGAUAAUGGAUAUGUAAUUUGCAAUUUCUAUACUGAAACUACCUCUUUUUGUGUGUCAUCACGUUGCUUACUCUCACACAGGUAAUGUUUAAAAAAAAAAAUCAUAUUUAUUGGUUUCAUUGCACCAAUGUUCUGUUAUUUUGUGUCUCUUAUUUCAUCCAGUUACCUCACUGUUACCUAUUUUGCAUGUAAACUUUUCCUCAUAUGUUUUUCCGUGGUACCUCAGGACAAACUGCAGCCUCGGCCUUGGUGGAUGGGAGUCAGUUUGACCACCGUGCGGCAGUUUACAUUUACAACUUUUUUUCUGCGAUCGAUCAUGCAGUUUACAACGUCACACCAAGUGAUCAAUGAAAACGGAUCAGACUGAUGACUUACAGUGCCUUGCGAAAGUAUUCGGCCCCCCUUGAACUUUGCGACCUUUUGCCACAUUUCAGGCUUC